AUGCCCAUUAUUGCUAUAAUUCUCGUCGUUUGUUUUGUUGGCAGACUUAUUGUCUACUUUUGGAAACGAGAACCCAAAGGGGAAACCAAGGGUAAAAAGGAUGCUAAAGAAUUUGGCUGCAGUCUUGGCGACCUUCGCGGACUCAUGGAGGCUCGCGGAGCUGAGGCGAUAGUCAGGCUGUCAACAGAACAUGAAGGCGUUGAGGGACUGUGCAAGAAGCUGAAAACCGACUCGUUGGUGGGUUUGAGCGGAGAGCAAGCGGAUCUCGAUAAACGUCGACAUGUCUACGGAGCCAACACUAUUCCACCGGCCAAAUCCAAGGGAUUCGUGCGGCUCGUUAUCGAUGCGUGCAAGGACCCAACUCUUAUCAUCCUCGUACUUUCCGGCUUCAUCAAUUUAGCUCUAUCAUUCUACGAACCGACAUCGGCGGCCGAGGAUGCAACACAACAUCUGGUCAACGCGACGACGGCAGCUAUUCUCGCCAACGGCACCGGCAUCUUCUCGACAACCGAAGCGCCUUCUGAGGGACACGGCACCGCGUGGAUCGAAGGAGUCGCCAUUCUGCUGUGUGUCAUUGUCGUCGUACUGGUCACCGCUGUCAACGACUACUCGAAAGAACGACAGUUUAGAAGUCUGCAGGAGAAGAUUGAGACGGGACAAAAGUUUUCGGUCAUUCGAAACGGCGAGGCGAUCGACGUGCCCGUCUCGGAUCUGGUGGUUGGAGACAUUGCCAGAGUCAAGUAUGGAGAUCUUUUGCCUGCUGAUGGAUUUGUGAUUCAGAGUAAUGAUUUGAAGAUCGAUGAAUCAUCUCUUACCGGAGAAUCCGAUCACAUUAAGAAAAGCGUCGAGUCUGAUCCAGUCCUUCUCUCUGGUACCUAUGCUAUGGAAGGUUCUGGAAAAAUGGUUAUCACCGCUGUCGGAGUCAACUCGCAAACUGGUAUCAUCAUGACACUUCUGGGAGCUGGAAAAGCUGGAAUCGACGAUGAUGACUCUACAUCAACAUCGUCUAGCUCUUCAUCAUCAUCCAGUUCAUCCGGAUCUUCUUCCAAUGGCAGCUCGGAUAGCUCCAAAUCUGGAGAUGACGAUCUCACCGCCAAAUCUGUGCUCCAAGCUAAACUUUCCAAGUUGGCUCUCCAGAUCAUCUACUGCGGAACUACCAUUGCUGUCAUCGCCCUGAUUGUCUUGAUCACUCGUUUCUGUCUUGAACACUAUGUCUUCGAGAAGAAUGAGUUCUCCCUAGUCGACAUUCAAAUGUUCGUCAAGUUCUUCAUCAUCGCCGUCACCAUUCUGGUCAUUUCCAUCCCUGAAGGACUUCCAUUGGCUAUUGCUCUUGCUCUCACCUACUCUGUCAAGAAGAUGAUGCACGAUAACAACUUAGUUCGUCACUUGGACGCUUGUGAGACCAUGGGAAAUGCCACGUCGAUUUGCUCUGACAAGACUGGUACCCUUACCACCAACCGAAUGACUGUUGUGCAGUCUUACAUCAACGGAAAUCACUACACCAGUCAAGAAGCUCAACCACACGGAGCCAAUCUUCCAGGAGUCACUGGACCAGUUCUCAUGGAAGCCAUUUCUGUGAACUCUGCCUAUAACUCGAUGAUCGUGGAGCCAACGAAGGUUGGAGAGCAAGUACAGCAGCUCGGAAACAAGACAGAAUGUGGUCUUCUUGGAUUCGUCAACCGUCUUGGUGGAGACUACGCUGCCAUCAGAAAGAAGUUCCCUGAACACGAUCUGACCAAAGUAUACACCUUUAACUCUUCUCGUAAAUGCAUGAUGACUGUGGUUCCAUACAUGGAGAACGGAGUCAACAUUGGAUAUCGUGUCUAUUGUAAAGGAGCAUCGGAAAUUGUUCUUGGCAGAUGCACAUAUCUUUUGGGAUCCGACGGAAAGCCACAUCAGCUGACUGGGGAUCGUUUGAAGGAGAUCACUUCAACGAUUAUUCAUGAAAUGGCCAACUGUGGAUUGAGAACGAUCUGUGUGGCUUAUAAGACAUUCAUCCGGAAAGGAACUAGAGACUUGGAGAAGACCGAGAUUGAAUUCGCCGAAGAGUCGGAUAUCGAUUGGGACGAUGAGGAAGCAAUGUACCAAAACUUCACGGGAAUCGCCAUCUGUGGUAUUCAGGAUCCAGUUCGUCCGGAAGUUCCAACAGCGAUUGCAAAAUGUAAACGAGCUGGAAUCACUGUGCGAAUGGUCACUGGAGACAACAUCAUGACCGCCAGAGCCAUUGCGAUGUCCUGUAAAAUCUUGGAACCUGGAGAGGAUUUCUUGGCUCUUGAGGGCAAAGAAUUCAACGAACGUAUCCGUGAUGAGAAUGGAAAGGUCUCGCAGGCAAAACUCGAUGAGAUCUGGCCACGUCUUCGUGUGUUGGCUCGUGCUCAACCAGCUGAUAAGUACACUUUGGUCAAGGGAAUCAUCGAUUCAAAGGCUACAGCUCAACGGGAAAUUGUGGCUGUUACUGGAGACGGAACCAAUGAUGGACCUGCGCUGAAGAAGGCUGAUGUUGGAUUUGCGAUGGGAAUCGCUGGAACUGAUGUUGCCAAAGAGGCUUCUGAUAUUAUAUUGACUGAUGAUAACUUCACUUCCAUCGUGAAAGCUGUUAUGUGGGGAAGAAAUGUGUAUGAUUCCAUCUCGAAAUUCCUUCAAUUCCAACUCACUGUCAACGUUGUCGCUGUCAUCACCGCCUUCAUCGGAGCCGUGACUGUCUCUGAUUCUCCAUUGAAAGCCGUUCACAUGCUCUGGAUAAAUCUUAUCAUGGACACCCUCGCCUCCUUGGCUCUUGCUACUGAGCAACCAACCGAUGAGCUCUUGGAAAGAAAACCAUAUGGACGUAAGAAGUCUCUCAUCUCAAGAACCAUGGUCAAGAAUAUCCUGUGUCAUGCCAUCUACCAACUUAUCAUUAUCUUUGUUAUCUUCUUCUAUGGAGAUACCAUCUUUGGAAUUCCAACCGGACUUUAUGCUCCACUCUUUGCCCCACCAUCCCAGCACUUCACUCUUGUCUUCAACGCCUUUGUUAUGAUGACAGUGUUCAAUGAAAUCAAUGCUCGUAAGGUCCACGGAGAGAGAAAUGUCUUCAAGGGACUCGCAGCCAAUCGUGUGUUCUGUGUCAUCUGGAUCACAACAUUCAUUGCUCAGAUCAUCAUCAUUCAAUUCGGAGGAGCCUGGUUCUCUACCCAUCCACUCACCCUUCAACAAUGGAUUGUCUGUCUUGUUCUCGGAUUCUCCACUCUCAUCUGGGGACAAAUUGUGGCCACUAUUCCAUCGAAGAAGCUGCCAAAGGCCUGGAAGGUUGGAAAGGGAGAUGUUCAGCCAGCAAAACUUCACAUUAACGGAGACUACAAUGUUCGUGCUCGCUCUCGUGCUUUGACUCUUCGUAGAUCUGGAAAGUCGCUCUGGAUGCGAGGAAUGUUCAUCAUUGGGAACCAUAGUUUGGAAUUGUUAAUUUUUCAGCUCCGCGUUCUCCGUGCCUUUGGAAUGGAGAAGAGCGAGAAGGCCGCAUUCGGGCGUACCGCACCAGCAAUGACUGCCGAGGCUGCCGAACGCUGGCGUGCCAGUUACCGCAAGUACCGUCAUCAGAAGCAUCAGGAAAAGAAAGCAGCCGCUGAAACCGCGGAAUCUGUGAAAUCGGCCGACUGGGCUAAAGAGCAAAAGGAGAAGAGGAAGACGUUCAAGCAGAUCAAACAAGUCGCUCGUGGAAAGAGUGUUGAUAAGGAGGGAAAGAAGCAUCACAAGAAGCGGAAGGACCAGACAAAUGUCGAUAUGGAAGACAUUGAACUGAAUUAG